AAGGCCAACACUCAACCUUAACAAUCAUUCCUCUUCUCUGCAACUGCAAAUACCUUAGCCAAUUCCUUUUUCUAUUCAAAAUGACAGGAGAACAUAGUGAAACAUCAGUUUCCGAUGAAUCCAACAAUAACCUCAACCUGAAGGCCCCACUUCUACCACUCCAUAGAACACAAAGCAAUCCUUUCAACCUCAAAUCCUUUUUCACCCUCAACAAUUUCUAUGUUCUUCUUGGACCUUUAUUGUCCCUUUUCAUAUGUCUCUUUGUUAAACUUGAUACUCCAAACAACAAUAGCCGUAACAUGCUUGCUGUUAUUGCUUGGGUUUUCAGUUGGUGGGUUACCUCUGCUUUACCACUUCCUGUUACUUCUAUGUGUCCUCUGUUUCUAUUCCCUCUCUUUGGAAUUGCUUCUGCUGAUACCGUUGCUCACUCUUACAUGGACGAUGUCAUUACACUUGUUUUGGGAAGUUUCAUUCUUGCUCUCGCCGUUGAACGCUACAACGUUCACAGAAGAUUGGCCUUGACCGUGACAUCAGUGUUUUGUGGGGAACCGUUGAAUCCAGCGCUAUUGUUAUUGGGUCUAUGUGGCACGUCAUUCUUUGUGAGUAUGUGGAUGCACAACGUGGCAGCUGCCGUGAUGUUGAUGCCGGUGGCCACAGGGCUGCUACAGAGGCUGCCACCACCGUCAGAGCAAUCGGAGUUGGUGAAUAAGUUCAGCAGAGCGGUGGUUCUGACAGUGGUUUAUGCGGUUCCAAUUGGAGGAAUGAGCACUUUGACAGGGACAGGUGUAAAUUUGAUAUUGAUUGGAAUGUGGAAGAGUCUUGUUCCUGGUGCAAAACCAAUAAGUUUCAACACAUGGUUCUUCUUUGCUUUUCCGGUAGCGAUUGUUUUUCUUGUAUGCUUUUGGUGUAUUCUCUGCUUGAUUUAUCUAAGGAAGGGCUCAGCUAGCGCUCUCUCUCCUUAUUUGAGUAAAGGACACUUGAAGAGGGAAUUGGAAGCUCUAGGUCCCAUAUCUUUCGCAGAGAAAAUGGUGUUGUCUGUGUUUGGGUUGCUGAUCAUAUUAUGGAUGACAAGAAGGAUCACAGAUGACAUUCCCGGAUGGGGAACUUUUUUCCAUGGCCUUGUUGGUGAUGGAAGUGUCAGUGUUAUGGUGGCUGUAUUAUUGUUCAUAAUACCGAACAGAAAACAAGAGGGUGAGAGGCUAAUGGAUUGGAAUGAAUGCAAGAAACUACCUUGGAACCUAAUUUUGUUACUUGGAGCUGGUUUUGCUUUAGCUGAUGGAGUUCAAUCUAGUGGUCUAGCAGAUGUGCUUUCUAAAGCUUUAGAUUUCUUAGAAGAUGCCCCAUAUUUGGCAAUUGCUCCUGCAGUUAGUCUUAUAAGUAGUAUUAUUACUGAAUUCAUCACUUCUAAUGAUGCCACUGCUACACUUAUUAUUCCACUUCUAUAUCAUAUAGCUAGGACUAUGCAUGUACAUCCUCUUCUUCUUAUGAUCCCAGGAGCAAUUGCUACUGAAUUUGCUUUCUUGCUUCCUACGUCAACUCCCUCAAAUGUAGUUGGUUUUGCUACUGGUCACAUUGAAAUUCAAGAUACGCUCAAAGUUGGUCUGCCACUUAAGGUUGCUGGGAUAGCUGUGCUCUCAGUUUUUAUGCCAUCUCUAGGCGCUUUUGUUUUUGGAACAAAUGGUGUCCAAUGGAUGCCAAACAAAAUCUCUCCUUGGUUAACAAAUUGAUUUCUUCUACAAUUAAUUUCCACGAUGCUUUAUAAAUUUUUGGUGUCAUUUAUGAUUGAAAAUUUGAGGCAACCUUCCUUCUUACCUCAAAAACGAAAGUAUAGAGAAUGUGGGUGGGAUACCCAAUAUAUAUAUGUAGAUAUUACUAGGCAAAGGAGGAAGGGAUAUAAAUAUAUGUCUAUUUGUUUAUUGAUUUUUAUCUUAUUUUUCAGUCCGCAAAAUGAAGAGAUCUUAUCAAUUUCUGUUGUAAAAUGUUUUCAUUAUUGAAGGAAGAGUGAUUGUGUGUUUAUCUUUUUGA